CCGUCUUCCUAUCCGCUUAAUUUCACUAGUCAUGUCCUCUGAAGAUGCAAGUAGCCAAGUGAGGCCUGAAGGAAAUGUUUCUAGUGAAAAGGUAGAAGAAACUCAAGACCAGAAUGAAGGCAGUGGGAUGCCCUCGCCCAAAGAGGAGGAGGCAGCAAUCAAGAAAAAAUAUGGAGGAAGGAUGCCCAAAAAGUCCCCACUUAUAUCUAAGGACCAGGAACGAGCUUUCUUUGACUCUGCUGAUUGGGCUUUAGGGAAGCAAGGUGCAGGUGCCAGCAAGCCUAAAGGGCCCCUUGAAGCUCUUCGACCAAAACUCCAGCCUACUCAACAAAAUGCACGUGCCCGGCGAUCUUCUUACGCAUCUGCAGACAGUGAUGAUAGCUUGAGUCUACCUGCCGAGGAGUUGAUCCAGAACGAUGGUCCAGCUGAAGACAAGAAUCAGGAAUAAGUACAAUACACCCCACGCUUCUUAUACAGAAAACCAUGUUUUCGCCGUCCUCCUGACAAAACUUUGACAUGGUAAUAUAAUAAUUAGCGCCGGUGCCUAUAGUACUCCCUAGGUUGAGCUCUGCAGUUUUACCUGCAGUAUAUCCGGCUUCUACCACAUUCAGCUGCCCGUUCUUAAUUUCUGAUACCUGAACCAGCUAGGAAUGACUAUUUCAUGAUGGUGAUGUUUUAGUACCGGAUGUGUAAGAAAUCAAUAACAACAAUGCAAUAUCAGACUUUAACUCGCCUUGGAUGAAGAUGACUAUGAUAUAGUUCAUCCUCCCAAUGCACCUCUUUUUUUUCUACAGCAAAUCCAGUGUCACAUUGCAUGU